GUGUGUGUGUGUGUGUGUGUGUGUGUGUGUGUGUGUAGAAUCAUCAGCUGAAUUUCUCUCUCUUGGUCGUCCCUCCGGCUCUCAAGAACUUCCUAAAAAUUGCAGGAGCUUUGAGAAUAAUUUCUGGCGUAGAUUUAUUCUGCUGAAUAUUUGGAUUUUAUCGUCGGCUUUCUCCUCCGGAGGCUCAGAGACUUCACGCCACUUCCCUCAGGAAUCAGAGAGCUCUGGUGUGUCAGGUUCGUCACAAUGCUCGCUCCUUGUUUCCUCGUCGUCCUGCUGUCGUGGGCCACGCCCCUGCUGGUCGCCAUGGAGACCUGCCAGGCAUCAGGGAUGCACGGUAUUCCAGGUAUUCCCGGGCUGCCCGGCAGAGACGGUCGUGAUGGAGACAAAGGAGACAAAGGAGAGGCAGGAGCAGUUCUGCACGGCGGCCUCGUCCCUCAAAAGGGGGAGACGGGGGAGACGGGGCCGGCGGGGUUUCCCGGCAAACGAGGGCAGAGCGGAGAACCCGGGGACCCGGGAACCCGGGGAUCGGGAGCCGUCGGGGAAACCGGAGAGAACCAGGGUACGAUCGUUGGAGUCCAGCAUCAGGCGGCCUUCAGCGUGGCCCGAGGAACCAACGAAUACCCGGACAAAAGCAGCAUCAUUCGCUUCACCAAAGUCAUCACCAACAUCAACGACGACUACAACACAGAAACCGGCCGCUUCUUGUGUCGGGUCCCUGGGACGUACUACUUUGUGUACCACGCGUCCCUGGAGGACCGGCUGUGUGUGCUGAUGAAGCUCGACGGCGGGCUGCUGGCGUCGUUCUGCGAUCAUCGCCGCACGAGGAGACAGGUGACCUCCGGCAGCCUGGCGGUCUACCUGUCUCGGGGUCAGGAGGUCUGGCUGGAGACCAAAGACUACAGAGGGAUGAGGGGGAAACCUGAAGGUUACAGCAUCUUCUCCGGCUUCCUGCUGCACGCGCACUGACGCCACAGCUUCUUCACUCACGUUCUAACAGCUUUACAGCAACAAGCGACAUAACGUCUUCCCUUCCUUCCCACCGCGGGAGAAACCUUUUUUCAUAUGACCUUUAUAUCCAGGUAAUGAAAUAAUAAAAACAUGAAGACCUUU